GGGGGGGGCACCGUGAAAAACGUCGCCCACCCGCCCGCGCCGCCGCCGCCGCCUCAUGCCGUGGCGCCGUCCUGCUGCCGGCCCAGGGACUUGCAUGGCCGGGCAUGGGGAGCGCUGUACCCUCCCCCACCCCCAGGGCUAAGCCGCCGCUCGCCGCUUUGCGGCGGCUGCUCGCCGCACUGGGGCUGCUGCUGUUGGGCGCAGGUGACUGUGAGCUACACACAUCUUGUGGAAUCCAGAAGUGCACCACUGAUUUUGUAUCCUUUACUUCACUUCUAAACUCAGCUCUUGAGGACUUUGAUUUGGAGUUCUGCAAGGCCCUGCGGGCAUACUCUGUGUGUACCUAUCGCAAUGCCAAAGUGUGCCGUGGAAACCUAGUCUACCAUUCUGCAGUGCUUGGGAUCGGUGAUCUCAUGACCCAGAGAAACUGUACCAAAAAUGGACCCACAUCCUCCACCAACUCUGAAAUGACCCAUGAUCCUUGCAAUUACAGUGGCCACACAAAAGUGAGAGAACAUCAAGGGGGAGAGAAGACAUCUCCUCCUACUUACCUGUUUUGUGGCUUGUUUGGGGAUCCUCAUCUGAGGACUUUUAAGGAUCACUUCCAGACAUGCAAAGUGGAAGGCGCUUGGCCCCUUAUAGACAAUAAAUACUUAUCAGUGCAAGUGACCAAUGUGCCUGUGGUCCCAGGAUCCAACGCUACUGCUACAAACAAGAUAACUAUUAUCUUCAAAUCAUACCAAGACUGUACAGAUCAGAAAGUAUAUCAAGCAAUGGCUGAUGACUUGCCUGCAGCUUUCAUUGAUGGUACAAGUGGAGGAGAUGAGAACACCAGGAGCUUGCACAUUGUGGAGAAAGUUGGUGGCAAAUAUAUUGAGAUGCAUGCAAGGUACAUCGGGACCACGGUGUACAUCCGCCAGCUCGGGCACUACCUGACCCUGGCCAUUCGCAUGCCUCAGGAGCUGGUCAUGGCCUAUGAGGAGAGCCAGGAUCUGCAGCUGUGUGUGAAUGGCUGCCCUUCCAGUGAACGUAUUGAUCAAAGUGGCCACUUGCCGUUGCCUGUGAUGGGAAAGCUGCUUCCUUGGGGUGCUGUGUCUCAUUCCCGAUCAGGGUACACACUAGAAACAGCCACCACCAAAUGCCAUGAGAAGAUGCUUGUGAAGGACAUCUAUUUUUACUCAUGUGUAUUUGAUCUACUCACCACUGGUGAUGCCAACUUCACAGCUGCUGCUCACAGUGCUUUGCAGGAUGUGGAGGCACUGCACCCCAGGAAAGAGCACUGGCAUAUCUUUCCCAGAAGUAGAGAUGAUGGUGUGGGCAGGGAUAGCAAAUUCUUUGUCAGUCUUGGACUUCUGUGCUUGAUCCUUGUUGCAUAUUUUUUUUAGACUCUUAAAAAAUUUUUGAAAUACAUAUUGUCAUAAUAUAUUGAGUAAAGAGGAAUAUAUAUGUAUAUACCGUGUAUAUGAAGGGAUGUUUUGUCUUGGGGCACCAAUCAGAUAGGAUGUUAACUGUUUUCAUGUUUGUUUGAUUCAAUAUUCUAUGCAUCUAUUUUACAGUUGUUGAAAAGUUUUAUAGUGUCCCUGCAUUGAGACCUGAUAAAAAGCACUUUAUUUUUUACACAUUAAAUAUAUAAGUGUGUAUCUGAGUAACUAUGUGUUACACAUUAAAUACUCAGUACUCUCUCUUCUCUAAGUACUACUUUGUUUAACACGUUUUUUAAAAUUGAAUUUACUUGAGGGUUUUCCCAAGAGACCUUUAGUUAAUGCCAAACAUGUAUGUUUUGAAGCUGUGGAGAGAGCUUAAACUUAGAGGGAGCACCUUUUUUUUUUUUUUUCCUCUACAGGCCCUCCAGUUACCUGUGUUAUAGAAGGCUAUAGAUUUAUAUUUUUUUCAUGCUUGAAAACACACAAUGUAUCAGUCUUUGCAAAAUGUUGUAGGUCUGGUUCAUCAGUAUACCAGUAAGUAUUUGUGUGUGUGUAAAAGAGUGGCUGUGCAGCGUGUAAAUAUUUUAAAUUAUUAUCAUAGAAGAACAGUUGUCCCCCUCACCCCACUGACUAAUGUCAGUAAGGUGAUAUAAGUGACCCCUAGUGGGGUGCAUAGAAAUUGGAGAUAUAGACCACAUACUGGGCAGGUAAUCUAUAAAUAAAUUCUCAGUUUGUCUCCUAGCCAAAUACGAUGGGUAGGAUAUUAGAUAGCUAUGUACUGAAUACAGUUGCUGUACUUGCAGAUGCUUGCUUCCCUCUGCUGUACAAGAUGUGUAAAUUUAUCACCAGCAGCUACAAACCAGGCCAGUUUAUUGAAA